AGAAGGCAGUUUCUGGGGCUGGAUGUGUAUUGUCUGUCAGAGAGGCUGCCAGGCACUCACACACACAUUUACACACGCACACACACUUACGGCGUUUUAUUUAAAAAGAGCGGCUUCGCCGGACGUCGCUGCCCACACACACACACACACACACAGCAGGACAUGUGUCCGCCCUCAGACCUCCACGGUAUGGAGGCGGUGAGUGUGUGAUGAGGAGGCUCCGUGGGUUCCUGUGUCCGUUUUGCCGACCACGGGGAAGAGGAGGAUACGAGCCGCUGUCGGCACGGGGACAGUCGUGUUUCUGAGGAGUGAGGCGACCACGGUGGCUCGUGUCUCUCCACAUUUAUCCACCUGGACGGACAAACACCUCUGGAAAAACAGUUGACAGUGAGUGAGUGUCCACUCGUGUCGUGUCCGUCAUCCUGACGUGACACAUUCCACUCGGGCGGGAGCAAGUGGACGUGAAAGCAGGUGGACAGCAUGUUCCAGCUCCCUGUCAAUAACCUGGGCAGUCUGCGGAAAGCGAGGAAAAAUGUCAAGAGGGUUCUGGGAGACAUUGGCCUGGAGUUCUGCAGAGAUCACCUAGAGGACUACAAAGACUUCACUCCUCCAGAGGUGUAUAUCAAGCACACGACCUGGGACGAUGUGUGCAUGUGGGAACCGUCGCAUACCAAAGUCCAGGAUUACAGAUCAAAGCCUUUCUGCUGCUCCGGCUGCCUCUUCUCAUCCAAGUACUUCUCCGCAUACAAGAGCCACUUCCGCAACGUCCACAGCGAGGACUUCGAGAACAAAAUCCUGCUCAACUGCCCCUACUGCACUUACAAUGGCAACAAAAAGACCCUGGAAACGCACAUCAAACUCUUCCACAUGCCCAACAACACGGUGCGGCACGGCCCCGGUGGGAUGGCAGCAGGCGCUGGCGGUGUCAUGGUGAAGGACGGGUUGUUGAAGAGGAGCGGGGACAGCGUGGAACAGGCUGUGUAUUACUGCAAGAAGUGCACCUACAGGGACCCUUUGUACAAUGUGGUGCGAAAGCACAUCUACCGGGAACACUUCCAGCAAGUUGCCCAGCCCUAUAUUGUGAAACCGGGGGACAAGGCAAACGCACAAAAUGGCGGCACAGAGAGUAAUAACUCGAACAAUGUGAACAGUAACCAGAUCCACUGCAAGAAGUGUCUGUUUGUUCCGAGGACCUACGAGGCACUCGUUCAACACGUCAUCGAGGACCACGAGCGGAUCGGCUACCAGGUGACCGCUAUGAUCGGGCACACCAGUGUGAUUGUCCCACGUCCCAAACCCAUUCUCAUGGUGCCCCCUAAAACUCUAGGAGACAGGACCAUCAUCGGGAUGGGCCCUAAAGGUGCAGUCAUGGCCACGACCAGGUCUCCCAGUUCACAUCACCUGAGUCGGGUUGUUAUGGCGUCAAAGACCGGCUUCAGUGCUCAGAGCCUUCUCGCUGGGUUGAAACACGAAGCGUUGGGAUUAAAGGCAGGAAACACCCAGGCGUUCUCUGUCGGCGGCCAGCAGGUGAGGGUUAGUUUACCGGGGAACGCUCAGGUUUCUGUGCCCCAGCAGUCGCAUGCAGCAAAGCAGCUUCUUUCAGGCAGCGGCCUGCGGAGUCCGCUCGUGUUGAGUGCCUCUUCCUCGCUCAAGUCCAACCCUCUGGGUUCACGCGUCCAGGCGGCAGCUACCACUGUAGCAUCGCUCACGGCCAAAAAAGGCGGGUCCUCGGUCCUCGGCGCGUCUUACACGCAGAAGUGGAAAAUCUGCACCAUCUGCAACGAGCUUUUCCCCGAGAACGUGUACAGUUCUCAUUUUGAGAAAGAGCACAAAGCGGAGAAGGUGCCCGCCGUCGCCAACUACAUCAUGAAGAUCCACAACUUCACCAGCAAGUGUCUCUACUGCAACCGCUAUCUCCCCAGCGACACACUCUUGAACCACAUGUUGAUCCACGGCCUGUCUUGCCCGCACUGCCGGGCGACCUUCAACGACGUCGAGAAGAUGGUGGCACACAUGCGGCUGUCGCAUCCAGACGAGAGCGUAGGCCCGCGCACAGACUCUCCUCUAACCUUUGACCUCACAUUGCAACAGGGUAAUCCCAAGAACGUUCAGUUGAUCGUCACUACCUACAACAUGAAGGACGCGCCGCAGGAGUCGGUGGCGUUUCAUGCUCAGAACAACAGCAGCGGCAGCUCUUUGUCAUCAGCCUUGUCCGCCUCUCUAUUAUCAAGCAAGAGGCUAAUGCCUCAGCACCCGCCCAAAGCACCUCCAGUGGCUGCUGACAAUGUGCCAACAAAGAGUUCCCCACAGACAUCGGUGCCCUACAAAAGGGAUGUGGGCAAGACGCUUUGUCCUCUUUGCUUCUCCAUCCUCAAGGGUCCAAUCUCUGACUCGCUGGCCCACCACCUUAGAGAGAGGCACCAGGUGAUUCAGACGGUCCAUCCUGUAGAAAAGAAACUGACGUACAAGUGUAUUCACUGCUUGGGGGUUUAUACUAGCAACAUGACUGCCUCCACCAUCACUCUACACCUGGUGCACUGUCGAGGGGUGGGAAAAACGCAGAAUGGUCAGGACAGCCGGGUAGCUCAGUCUGCCCGCGUCACCCAGGCCCAGAGCAGCGCCCUGAAACGGGCCGGCUUUAAUAACUCAGACACGAGUGAACCAAAGCGAAGGAGGCCGGGGCCCCCCGGGGAGAGGGCCCACCCGCGGGACGUCAACGGAUCAUUUGUAGAAAAUCCCGACGAUCCCGUAGUUCUGGCUCUUGAACCCAAAGGACUUGAAAAUGAGGCGUACGAGACCAGGAAGGCGUUCCUGACGCAAUAUUUCAACGAAGCGCCGUAUCCCACGCAGCGGGAGGUGGAGAAGCUGGCAGCCAAUCUGUGGCUGUGGAAGUCCGACAUCUCCAGCCACUUUGUCAACACGAGGAGGAAAUGCACGCAGGAGUGUGAAAGCCAGAACCCCAACGUGUUGCUCGGCUUCAGCAUGCACGAGGUCCAGAAAGUGAGCCACGAGCUGGCGCUCGCUCCCCACGAUGAGCCGGUGAGCGAGGGCAGAUGCGGCAAGAGGCGGACGUCCAGGACGCGCAUGGGCGUGUCGGAGCAGGCUCUGCAGAGACACCGGGAGUUUGUAGCUGCUAACGGUGGCGCGGCACCACCACCAGAGGAAGAGCCGACGGUGACUGUGGGAGGUUUUGCCCUUAAAACCAACAGUGCCAGCACAGACCAAGCCAAGACAAUCAACCGCACCUCAGCACAGAAAAUGCCUCUGGACCUCUCUGAGCCCAUUGCUAUUGACUCUGACAGUGAUGAGGAAGAGGAGCGGAGAGACGACGAGGGACGAGAGGGAGAGGUACAUCGCCAUGGUAACGAUCAGCUUGCUGGAGCUAAGGAGAAAGUGGAGCAGAGGAUAGAGGCCAGGGUUAUUUCAGAUCUAGAUGAUAUGUCAGACGACGACGAGGAGGACGACGACGAUGAUGAUGAGGAUGAUGACGACGACGACGACGAUGAUGACGAGGAGGAGGAGGAGGAGUAUGAAGGAGCACAUGUAGAGAAUGGCCUCAGGCCCUCAGAGGGCUCAGGAAGACCAGCUGCUAAAGGACGAGACACGCUGCCCAUCAUUAUUCCCAAGUUUGUACCAUCGUCUGCCAGAGGUGGGAGAGACGGGGCUCAGCUGGGGAAGCAGAAAGUCUGACUGCUCUCCCUUCAGACCUGGUUUUAACAUCCGUCCUGAGUGAUCCGGUCACAUGUGGACGCUGCCAAUCUGUCCACAUUCCUGCAUGAACGCAAUCUGCCCUGAGGGUGGAUUAGAGACCGCCUCCUCGACUGAAGACCGCAAACUUCUUUGUAGCCGCAGUAUUAACACUGAGCGUCACAUGAUUGGAUUUGCCAGUCAUUAGUCGUCUUAUUUCAUGCUGCGGCAGCGCGAUUAGGGCUUUAAUUCACUCGGCUCCUCGUGACACACGAACAUUACUAAAAAAAAAAACUAAAAAAACUUUUUUAAUAUAAACCGAUGUCGGCUCAAUUCAAACCAUUGUCAAAUGAGUUCAGAGUUUUGAGUUUAAGUGAAUCCACGCAAGUUUUGCAUGGUAUCGGCUUUUUUAAUCCACAUGGAUCCAGCGUUUUGUGUCAUUUUUCUAAUACGGGUCCCAUUUAAAUAAAGAGACCCUUGCGUUUUUUGUGUGUACAACCAAUACACAACUUUUGGGAAAACGAUUAUGCUCUUACGCUUCACCCCACUAGAGAUCAUCUCCUCCUCUUGUGUUUGGAGUUUGUACACAACGAACGUGCAAGCUUUACGGUUUAUGCUCCACGUCUUUGGUGUAUAUUGUUAUGGCAGCGUUACAGCGCCACAUAGAGGCCGGGCAUUGAAACUACAGCAUUUAAGGGAGGGUUCUUGUGUAUGAAGACCUUCCUUGAAACAAUGCAAAAGAGACGGCCUAAAUCUCCUGUUUCUCCACAGGAAGGACACAAAGGCAACAGUAGCAUCGCACUAGCAAUGUCCCCGCCCCUGCGCCGCUGUAUCACACAAACGCUCCCUCCCUCCGUCAGGUCUGAUAGUUUUGCUCGACUGUCUUAAGUCUGUUUUAAAACAAGCAAAGUUGUUCAAAUUGUGUCCGGUUCACAACGACCGAGCAACAACAGAAGCUUUAACAAAAGACCUCAUGUAGUUCUCGUAAACAGACUCGUGUUUGAAUGCAGGGCGGCGACGUGAUGUGAUCGCUCAGGAACGGAUGUGAUCGUCAGGUUUGAUUCCCGCCAACAAAUCUGCCUCGUCUAAGCUGAAGGACGCUGCUUUGUUACCCUGGCAACGGUGAGGAGAGAACUCUUAUUGGAAAAGAAAAAAAUACAAGCCAUUCACUGACAUUCAAAGGCUGGGCUCAUCGUCGAGCAGCUGCGGCUGAUGUAAAGAACAAAGUUUCUCCCCUGAGUCGGGAGCAAAGACGACAACAAGUUACACCAAACAAAUAGAACUUUUCUUUUCUAUGAACUUUAUUACGAGGUUUGGAGACGGCGUCGACUCGAGCGUCGGCUUCAAACGACGAGCGGUCGCGAGGCCCCGACCUCAAUAAUCCACUGUUUUACGUAUGUAGUUCUACCGAGAAUAGGUUGUGUAAAUUUUGUACAGUCUUUUAGACAUGUUUGGACACACGUUGCCGUACAUGUAACCAUUGAAUAUUUGCUAUUACCUGUGUGUAAGGUAGCCCUCAUAUGUUCUAUAUUGAUAUGCUUAAUGAUAGGUGUUGCAUUUGGUGGCUGGUAUUUUCAUGUAUGUUUUUUUUUUGUUUUUUUUUAAUAAAAAAAACCCUCUCUUUU